AUGGGGACGGAGAAGACCCGAACCACCGCUCCCAUUAGGACUUGUGAAGGGAGGGUACUUUUAGGUUACAUCGAACUGACAAAGUACAAUCAGGUUAUGGAUAUCAUAUUAAAAGAACCAGCACCGCGGAAUAAUAAAAUUAAAGGGAUCGUCGGGAAGCCUUCUAAAGACGUUGCAGCAGCAGUGGGUGGGAGAUGGACCGCAGCAAGAAGGUAG